GAAGCAACAUCUGUAGCCAGCAGUCACUGUGAGUCGUUAUUACUUUCCAGUGCCAUCUCCAAGAGGCGAAAAUGCAGAGAGCACCGGGGUGCCAGGUUUCUUGCCUGGAUGUGGAAUAUGUGAAUUCUGAAUAUGGAAAAAAUGGAGUGCGACUCCUGUAUAUUAGAAGAGAAGGCAAGAUGCAUUGCAUCAAAGAACUGGAAAUCUCUGUACAUAUAAAACUGGACACCGUGAAUGAAUACUUGCAUUCCGAUAACACCAAAGUUAUCCCCACUGACACCAUAAAGAAUACAAUUGAAGCUCUAGCCAAAAUUCGUGGGGUCAACACAAUAGAACAGUUUGGACUUGAUAUUUGUGAUCACUUUCUUACCUCAUUUUGCCAUGUCGUGUAUUGCAAUGCCUUCAUCCAAGAGGUGCCAUGGCAGCGUCUAGAAAAGGAUGGUACCCCACAUGUACAUGCUUUUCUGUAUAGCUCUGAAGGAGUUCGAUUUUGCGAAGUAGAACAGUCUGUGGAUGGGGCACCAAUUGUUUUCUCUGGCAUCAAAGAUCUGAAAAUUAUGAAAACAACCCAAUCUGGAUUUCAAGGCUUCUACAAGGAUAAAUACACCACUCUUCCGGAAAGGAGAGAUAGAAUUCUCUCAGUGGAAAUGUUGAUAAAGUGGUGUUAUGGUGUGUGCCCAGAUGGCCUUGACUAUGAUUGUAUAUGGAGAACUGCACAUGAAAGUGCCCUUGAUGCCUUUGCUGGACCACCUGAAACAGGCCAUUACUCCCCUUCUUACCAGAAGACGGUCAACUGUGUUCAGGAAUACAUCCUGGAAAAAAUCCCACAGGUAGAAGAAGUGGAAGUGAUCUGUUCCAACAUCCACUAUUCACUGACACCUCUUGAAAAGCUGGGGUUGUGCAAUGACAAGGAGAUCUUUACACCUCAGGACACACCCUUUGGGGCUUGUGCAUCAACACUGCGUAGGAAGAAGGGCCCAGAAGAAGAGUGCGAUACUGUCGUAGAGAGCAAAACCCAUUGCUCUGCUGGAUGGAAGCCUGUCCAGAAAACGAAUUAAGCAGUCAACUACUUUAAUUAUCUCAUAUCAGCAUGCAUUAUUUACUCCAUGCUUUGUCCCCAUAAUGCUCAAUGUGUAGAUAUGAAUGAUGUUUUCAAAGGUAGCCUAAAAAAGCCAUAUGCUAACAUCACAGUGCAUUUCCUUUUAUUUCUUUUCAAAAUACAAAUAAGAAA